AUGCAGCUCCGACCGGGAGCAGCGGUGCUGCGCAGCACCUACACAACGUCACGACCGCUCCUCCUCUCCUCCUCCUCCCGAUGCGCGCAAUGUCGGCGGAUCGCACCCCUCGACGCCCGGUUACCGGUGACAGCCGCGCUCUACCACUCCUCUCCGAAGAGAUCAUCCGCCUGGGGGGCUGCCGUAUCCGUGGCCUCGAACAUCGCUUCUAAUGCCAUCAACCGGGUGGUCCCGAAGGGCGACAUGCACAUCGACCCUCUGCGGACAGUGGCCAAGGAGAUGAAGUUCCUCACGGGCAACAUUCGCAAGCUUCUCGGCUCAGGCCACCCCUCUCUGGACCGUGCCGCCAAAUACUAUACUCAGGCCGAGGGCAAGCACAUGCGGCCCUUGAUCGUGCUGCUCAUGUCGAGAGCGACGGCGUUAUGCCCCAAGGGCCCACGCCUGCAGUCUGCGCAGGCUGUUGGCGGCGUCGACACGUCGAUAUCGCCGCCGGGUAUCCUCGUCGACGUCAAUCCGAGCUCGAACCCCUUGACCGCAGCCGAUCCCGUCGAGUCGGAAUCCGAUAUCCUCCCUUCCCAGCGCCGUCUGGCCGAGAUCACCGAGCUGAUCCACACGGCCUCGCUCCUCCACGACGAUGUCAUUGACCAUUCCGUGGCCCGUCGCGGGUCUCCCUCGGCGAACCUCGAGUUCGGCAACAAGAUGGCCGUCCUGGCCGGUGACUUCCUCCUCGGCAGAGCCUCUGUUGCGCUGGCUCGCCUCAGGAACGCCGAGGUCAUCGAGCUCUUGGCGACUGUUAUUGCCAACCUCGUCGAGGGCGAGUUUAUGCAGCUGAAGAACACGGCGCAGGACGAGAGGAAACCGGUGUGGUCGGAGGAGGCCCUCACCUACUACCUGCAGAAGACGUAUCUGAAGACGGCGAGUUUGAUUUCCAAGUCAUGCCGUGCCGCUGCCAUCCUGGGCGGUUCGGAUGCCGCCUCGGUCGAAGCCGCCUACGCUUACGGCAAGAACCUGGGUUUGGCAUUCCAGCUGGUCGACGACAUGCUCGAUUACACGAGGAGCGAGAAGGAGCUGGGCAAGCCGGCGGGUGCCGACCUGGAGCUCGGUCUGGCGACGGCCCCGCUGCUGUUCGCGUGGAAGCAGAACGCGGAGCUGGGUGCGCUGGUUGGCAGGAAGUUCGAGCAGGAGGGUGACGUCGCAAGGGCACGCGAGUUGGUCCUCCAGAGCGACGGCAUUGAGCAGACACGGGCACUGGCGGAGGAUUACUCGGAGCGGGCGAUCGCCGCUCUUGCGGACUUCCCCGACAGCGAGGCCAAGGACGGUCUCAUUGAGAUGGCCGUCAAGGCGUUGAAGAGGACAAAGUAA